AGCCAAGUCAAAGCACUUUAGACGAGCCUCCCAGCGCAGUAACCGCUAACAAGUCGCGAAUCCGAAGUCAUGCCGCUCAGCCACGCCUCCUCCGCAGCCCUCGUCUUGGCCCUCUGCUGCCUCAGUUUCAUUCAGGCCCAGCCACAACGCGGACUUCCCCCGCCCCGCGGCAACUCCUUCGACGCGAACGCGGUCAUUCUCAAGCAGAGUUUCGACCAGAAUCCCGAUGGCUCCUAUCAGUACAACUACGAGACAAGCAACGGCAUCCGUGCGGAUGAGACUGGCUACCUGAAGAACCCGGGCAGUCAAAUCGAAGCUCAGGUGAUGCAGGGCUCCUACUCGUACACCGGACCCGAUGGCGUGGUCUACACCAUCAACUACAUUGCCGAUGAGAACGGAUACCGCGCCGAAGGUGCCCACAUACCCACUCCGCCUCCAGUUCGCGCCGCCGGCGCUCCCGGCAGAUUCUUCAAGUAAUGCGCUUCGCUGUAGAAACGCGUUUCAAUUCUUCAACGUUAUGCUCAAGUUGGCAAUCAUUACGUGCCAAGCUGGCCGAAAGUGAACCAGAAACAGACAGGAGAGAGAGAGCAGCAUCAUCCCACCCAGAAUCAUCUUCAUUUUCUAUCCCGCCCCUGAGAAAUCUCACUCCCUUCGUGCGUCAUCUGUGCAUUUCUACAGCCAACUCACAUUCUACACUCUACAAUCUACAUUCUACAUUCUACUUAGUGCUUAACGAACUUUGUGUGAGAUCAACCCUUGUAAAUGACGUAAGAUCGAUUGUUAAGUGUCGUACGGCAACGCAGCUCAGCAAUAAAACAAAAAUUGCACAAAAAU